AUGCACAUCGUGCACAUCGUCAAGGAUUCUUUCUUUCGUUUCGUCAUAAAUACUUUCUUUCUCUCUUUAAUUUUAUUUUUCUCUUCCUUUCUCCUUUCAUUUUUUUGCCCUUUUUCUUUCUUUCUUUCUUUCUUUCUUUCUUUCUUUCUUUCUUUCUUUCUUUCUUAUCAGAUCACCUUUCUCUUCUCUUCCCGCUUUCACUCCUCUGCAGAGCCUAGCCAAGCAACAGGCAUAGCCGUUGCCAUGGUAAUAUCGAUCUGCAGAACCUGCCUCUGCAACUAUGGCGGGCGUUCCCACCACCAGCAACGGCACGGGAGCGCCGGCCUGCUACUCGCACACGCGCACCGACAGUCCUCGUCGUUUGUGAUAAAGAAUCUGAGUAUAAAUGGCGCAUCGAGUAAAGCACAACUUAGAUGGGAGCACCAAAACCUGGUUUAUGAAAGUCUAUCUAUCUAUCUAUCUAUCUAUCUAUCUAUCUAUCUAUCUAUCUAUCUAUCUAUCUAUGUCAGUUAG